AUGCGCAGGCAAUCGGAGGCAUACGAUGCGAACGAAGAUGAAAGAGGUGGAUGGGGUGAAUUGGUUCGAUGCAGCCGUGAUGAAUUGCAAAUGGAAGGGCCCAUUGCUGAGAGAGCCAGCAUCUCGCUGUGCGACGACGAUCGGAAGUCAGCGCACGUCGCCUUCGCAUCAUACGAAGCAGAAUGCCAGGAUGAUUCGUGGUAUGGCGCAAGCAUUCCACUAGACCGCGCAACGAGACGAGACGCUGAAGUCGUUCUUGCGCUGGAGAUGAACGACGAGCCGCUGACUAUCUCGCAUGGCUAUCCGGUUCGAGUUGUAACGCCCGGAAUUGCUGGAGCUAGAUCAGUAAAGUGGCUAAACCAGAUUACAAUUCAAAAGAAAGAGAGUCAGAAUCAUUACCAGCAACGUGACUACAAAGUAAUGCCACCUGAAGCCACAGAUGCUGAGACUGCGGAGAAGUAUUGGGACACAACUGCUGCCAUUAUGGAAAUGCCUGUGAAUUCAGUGAUAGCCUGGCCAGAAAGCGGCGGUAAAGUGCGUCGGGGUGAGAACGAUCUUGUUCAAGUGCUAGGCUACGCGCUUCCGAGUGGUGCAAAUGGUCCAGUGGUCAAGUUCGAAGUCUCAAGCGAUGGAGGAUCGAGUUGGACAGAGGCGGAGCUGAUCGAUCAUGAAGAGGAAGGCAAGUGGUCUCGGAAACUCUGGCAGAUGGUGAUCGCAUUGCGUCCUGGAAAAUGCCCCGCGCUUUACAGCAGAGCAACUGAUGCCGCCGGUAAUACGCAGCCGGAAGAAUCGCAAUGGAAUCUGAGGGGAGUGUGCUACAACGAGUGGGGAGCGACCGAAGAUUUUGAAAUCCUCUGAGCGCCGCGGCGGCCAUCGCCUCCGUAAGCCACUAAAUCCCAAAGCUAUUCCAGUGUUGUGCGACCUCUCAGUCCUGUGGCACAAAGUUUCGGAAUGAUCGAAGAUGACAUUCGAAGGCAACCAUGAUUUCGCAUGGGAUUGGCGAGGGUCGCAAGGAUCGCAUUCGACGAUGUUGUUGAGUCGAGGACGCUCUCCGCAGGAAAACCCACACAGUUCGGAGUUGAUCCGACUUCACCAGGGUCAAGGUUCCCACUCGUGGUCUUCCAAACUUCCACCCAGAGAUCAGCUCCUCGUUGUGAAUGCUGUGUGCCAUAACUCAAAGACACGUGUCGUGAAGGCGCAAGAAAUGCGUCCA